CCAUUUAAUCAUCUCUCUCUCUAGUUUCUCACACUUCUUCACCCUUGGCAGUUCUCGCAUUUUGGCGAUAAAUUGUGCCCGACGGCAAUUUGAUCUGGCCAGAUCAGAAUCUCCGUCAUCUCUCGCCACUACCGCAUUCGACACCAUCGCACGCCCUGGCAAUUCAUUCAACCGACUUUUGCAGGGCGAAAUGCCGAUCAAAAAGUAUCCGCGCGAGAGACUUGGGCAGGGAGAAAGAAUCUUCCCAACAAGAGACCGCUCAGUUCACCUCAAGCUUGAGGGGUGUCCAGCCAGAAAUUCUGACAGGAGCACAGGUGUCAUCUUUCAAGACUGAAGUCUGGACAUCAUUAUAACCGGUGAUUUUCGGUCAAGAGCAAUAUCUUCCAAAGGGUCCAUCCAGCACGACGACAACGAAAACGUAUUAGGGGGUGCUCGAGUCCACCUGGUCAAGAACGACGUGAAGAAACGGUUUUCCUUCUUCAAUCGCCUGACUUGGUCGAGUAUAUGUCAGGAAUUUUCCCCAAGGGAUUCCCGACUCUCCCUUCCUCCUCUUGAGAGCUCUUUCUCUCUCUCUCUCUUUCGCGGCAACCCGCUGUAUUUUUUCACUGGCCAAUAUCCGUUAGUGUGCAGAAGACCGGUUGAGUUCAAGAUCUGACCGAAUCCAUUAUUCAGAUGUGAUGUGCUCUUUGGCUUGAAUGGAAGCUGUUUCAACGACCCACAGACGAGACCAGCAUCCCCCAAGUAACACACCAAAAUUCCCCAAGCCAGCAUUUCCGAUGGAAAAGGUGAAACGCCAUUGAUUUCAACAUUGAAGUGAUUCGUUGACCUAGGGCUCCAAAUUGUGUGACGUGCUGCUAUCUGCCCGACGGACUUCCCAACAAAAGGACUUCAAACCACUCUCUGACCCUUUCGAUUUCGAUCCUUGUCUCCAGUCGCUCAAGAUGGUUCUCCUUAUCAACGGGGUGCCCAUUGACGAUGCUCCGCGCGAUAUGAAUAACUUCUUCCACCAGUUUCCCCAUUUCAAAGAAUCGGCCAGUGCCUUGUGUUCCAUGAAACCCCAAGUGGUGGGUCCCUUGAGCCUCUUAUACAUCUUCCAACGGGAAUUCGGUGUCACCUAUCCGCAUGACAACAAAAUCUCCAUCCUUGGCACCGACGAUGUCACCACUAGUCAUAUUAUUGUCCUUCGACACACAGGGAGUGGAGCCACGGGCAUAAGUCAAAUCGAUCGUGUCUUUGAGGAGGGUCUUUCAACUAUGAUUCAACGCAUUCAAGCUUUGUCGUAUCACUACGACGGCCGACUUGAGUUACAUAUCAUCGGAGGCUUUGCUGACACCAAAGGAAUCUCACACCAACUCUCCACCAGCCUACUACAAUGCCUGCACAAAUUGAGAGCGGAGAUGGACCUGAUAACGUGUACCGUGAACGAGCUCUGCACCAUUCAUCGCAACGGCAUGCCUUGGCCGGUCAUUUAUGGGAUUGGUGUAAAUGCCAAAACGGGUGAUAUCUUUCCUGCCACCUUCACCGACAAAGGUCCCGAUCUGGACAUUCGAAACGCCAGAACCCUCACGGGAGGUGACACCGUCGGGAUGCUCGAAGUUUAUGAUUGCACUCGUGAAGAACUGCGGAUCGGUCCUUUUUCUUACGGACCCAUGCGAUCCGUAGAUCUUUUGCUUCAACAAAGCGACGACUUCUUACGACAAAAUCUUUCCACGUCGCCCGAAGUGGCUCCGCCUCUCUUUGUUCCCCACCUCCGUUCCACCUUGAAGCGAAUCAAAGAUGAUCCCUAUCCUUCGGUGACGUUGUUCCACAGCAAUCUGCCCCGAUUCUAUCGCAAAGACGACAUUAGCGGUCAAUGGCUCCGCUAUCAAAAAGAAGAUGUGGUUCCAUGGUCCCCGAUUUCUCAAACCUCCACGCAAGCCUACUACUGAAAACGAAUAAAUGACGUUCGCACUUCUCCAAUCUCCCUUCAGUGUAAAUAUAUAUACCUGCAAUCCAAACAACAACGAUGCCUUGUACUGAUACAUUUGCCUGAAUGAAAGGAAGUAAAUCUCAUAUUGUUAUCAUAGGUUCUUUUGUUCCACUUUGAAUGCAAUAAACCUUUUUCCAAUGUUUACAUA